AACAUCGUGAUUAUAAAAAGCAGAUCCGCCGCUAAUUUAAAUUAUUUUAACUUUUUAGACAAAAUUUCUUAAUACACAAUUUGGGAAAUCAAAGUGAAUUUACUUGGAACCACAAAAAUGUAAUAAUUCCGCUUCGAUAAGAAAACCAGAGGAAAAUUUUCAGCUUUACAAUUUCCAACUUAUCAAAAAUGAAUUCGAUUGUGGAGGGCAAUUUGGACUUGCGGAUGUUCCUCAGCUAUGCAGACGGAAUCAUAGAAAAUGGCAGUCAAAACCGAAACGAGCUGAACAGCGACGAUUCGUCGGAUGAUGCUGGUCAGGAAGGGCCUCUUCCAUUUGACGACCUGGUUGGCGACGAGAAAACACAAAUGUUCAAUUUCGGGGCGGUCGACGAGGAGCGACAGUGGCUGCAGGACACCCUGCUGAGCGACUCGGAUGACUCGAGUGAGGAGGACGAGCAUUUGUCUCAAUCGUCUCGUGACGAGAAGAGAAUUAGUCUGCUACUCAAGCAGCACUGCGUCCUGAAGCGCUUCCAGCGCAAGUACCAAGUUAAAAAUGAAAGCAACAAAUGGCUGUACUUUGGGGCAGGGGUGUUGACUAAGGAGGACUUCUACAGCAGGGCGGGGAAAACCAAAUUCAGCUCGGAAUUUAGUACGAAAAACGAUACCGCAUUAGAUAUGGAGAAGAUGAACAAUGGUGUAAGGAAAAGAGAGGGCGAUGCUGGGGUGAGGCCCAGGGUCUCUAAUAAGAAGAGAAAGUUGCAGCAGCAGAAGCUGAACAUUGAAGCCUUGACGGCUAGGAGGCGCAAAGUUUGGGUCACCCUUUGCAAGAAGGAGAUUGGAAAGGUCCAGAGAGGGAGAAGCAACUUUCACAAGGAGAUGCUGACGAACUGCAAAAGGGCGGCACAACUCUGCAUGCGGGUUGUCCGCAACAAGGCCACUCAGUCGCAGAGGAACAUGAAAGACACGGUAUGGCGGAUGAAGCGAUUGACACGGGAAAUGCAGGCGUAUUGGAAGAAGACGGACAAGGUGGAGCGGGAAGCGCGCAAGCGGAUGGAAAAGGAGGCUGAGGAGCAGCGCAAGCAGGACAUCGAGUUGAUGGAGGCCAAGAGACAGCAGCGCAAACUCAACUUCCUGAUUACGCAGACCGAGCUAUACGCUCACUUCAUGCAGCGCAAAUUGUCCCACAAGCAGGUUGUGGAGGCCAGCGCUAUGAACGAGAUCCUUCGACAGCUUGACGAGACCGCCAAACUGCCUAAGUUUGACGACUACAACAGUGAGGCGAUGAAGGAAAAGGCAAAGCUGAAUGUGACUGAGGCGCUGCGGCUAGACGAGGCGCGCGCCGAAGCUUUCCCCAUGGUGGCGCCAGUCAUCAAACUCGAGUACCCUGAAGGAAAGCAACCUGAUAUGUUCCGAGGAGUCCUUAAGCAUUACCAGUUAAAGGGCGUCUCAUGGCUUGCCAACCUCUAUGACCAGGGCAUCAACGGGAUUCUGGCUGAUGAAAUGGGUCUUGGCAAGACGGUGCAGGCCAUCGCCUUCCUCUGCCAUAUUGCUGAGAAAUAUUCAAUUUGGGGACCAUUCCUUGUGAUUUCGCCCGCGUCCACUCUGCACAACUGGCAGCAGGAGUUUGCCAGAUUUGUACCUAAAUUCAAGGUCAUUCCUUACUGGGGGAACCCUCAGGAGAGGCGGAUUUUGAGGCAGUUCUGGGCAAACAAGGACGUACACACCGAGGAUGCAUCUUUCCAUGUGGUCAUCACCAGUUACCAGCUGGUUGUGUCCGACAUCAAGUACUUUAACAAGGUCAAGUGGCAGUACCUGGUGCUGGACGAGGCGCAGGCCAUCAAGAGCACGGCUAGCAUUCGGUGGAAGAGCCUUUUGGGAUUCCAGUGCAGAAACAGACUACUCCUUUCAGGCACGCCUGUACAAAACUCGAUGGCCGAAUUGUGGGCGCUGCUGCACUUUAUCAUGCCCAUGCUGUUCGACAGCCAUGACGAGUUUGCCGAGUGGUUUAGCAAGGACAUCGAAAACGUUGCCGAGAACAAGGGCUCCAUUGACGAAAAGCACUUGUCUCGCCUCCACAUGAUUUUAAAGCCUUUCAUGCUGCGCCGUGUUAAGAAGGACGUGGAGAACGAGUUGUCAGACAAAAUAGAGAUCAUGGUCUACUGUCCCCUCACUAGUCGCCAAAAACUUUUGUACAGAGCCCUGAAAAAGAAGAUCCGGAUCGAAGACCUUCUGUGCACCUCAAAUUCAACGUCACAAUCGAACAUUACCUCUAACCUGAUGAACCUGGUGAUGCAGUUCCGCAAGGUGUGCAACCACCCUGACCUCUUUGAGCGACAAGAGCCCAAGAUGCCCCUGCAGCAGCACCCACUGCCCUAUGACGUGCCCAAGCUGCUCUACUGCAUGCCCUCUUUUCAAAGGCUCAACUGCAAUACCCCAGACCGAAUCAGCAACCUCUUUAACAUUUUCGUACCUGAAAACAUCCAUCUCGGCAGUCAAGGUGUUCCGACGCACUCAACAUUUUCAUUUGCAAAAUUCUUGGGACAAAGUGCUCAAGAUGUGUCUGACGUCUUCCAAAUCGGCCCUAGAAAAAUAUGGGAAUUGGAGUUAGAAAGAAUCAACCGACCAAAGCAUCAAAACGUCCUAAAUGUGCAACUGGUGCUGCCCAAAAGAAAUUUGGGAGAAACAUUCGCUGACUUAGUGUUCACAAAGUGCUCAGGUCUCAGAGUGCACAGUUUUGGCAAAGUUGUUCUACACACCAUGAGAGAGACUUUGGAGCAUAGAGCAAUUCGCAGCUCAAAAAUUCAGGUAAAAUGCGAGCCUGGAAAAAUUUCAUCCCCGACAAAGAAGCAGCAACCUGCCAGGGUGUUGCUUCCAGAGUUUGAGUAUAUUUAUCGACAGCCACAGGUUUUGCGAUGCCAGCCUUUGGAGGUGCCGGAGUUUCUCAACUGCACAGUUCGAAAGAUUGACACAACUGCAAGGCGUCUGUACUGUUAUCACCGCCGCUCCGUCAAUUUGCUGACUGAAGCUGAGCGAGCUGCAGACGCGCUGCUCAAACAUGGAGUCCCGGACGAUGAUAAACAAGUGUCCUGGGGAAGCAGACCUGAUCCCACUGGCUAUGUUGGAGCAAAACCUAUUGGCGGCUGGUUCAACAUCCAAAUUCCCAACAAGCAGAGUUUGAUAUCGGACGCAGGCAAGCUGACGGUGCUGGAUGAGCUGCUGCAGAAGUUGAAGGCCAACGGACACAGAGUGCUAGUCUACUCCCAAAUGACCAAGAUGAUUGACCUGCUGGAAGAGUUUAUGUAUUACCGCAAGCACACCUACAUGCGCCUUGAUGGCAGCAGCAAGAUUUCGGAGCGCAGGGACAUGGUCGCUGACUUCCAGAACCGUGAGGACAUUUUUGUCUUUCUGCUUUCCACCAGAGCAGGCGGUCUAGGCAUAAACCUCACCGCAGCAGACACUGUAAUUUUCUAUGAUUCUGAUUGGAACCCAACUGUGGACCAGCAGGCAAUGGACAGGGCGCACAGACUGGGCCAAACCAAGCAGGUCACUGUCUACAGACUCAUCUGCAAAGGCACCAUAGAGGAACGAAUCCUCACUAGGGCCAGGGAAAAGAGCGAGAUCCAACGAAUGGUGAUUAGUGGGGGAGGAGUCAAGCCCGAUUCUCUGAAACCAACAGAGGUGGUGUCCCUGUUGCUGGACGAUGAUGAGAUUGAACAAAAGUACAAGCAGAAGCAGGCCGAGAGGAGGCGAGCGGAGGAGGUCAAAGUUCAGCCUUUGCCUUUCAUUAUUAAGCAAGAGCCAGUUGACAUUGAGGAAGGUGGGCCUUCAGAGGGUUCAUCCACAAUCGACGACAGCGAAGGGAUGCUGACUAUUGACCUAGACGCUUGCCCUAAAAACCUCCCUGCCAAAGCCAGGAGCAAUUCCAUAUUAAAAGCUGUGAAGGGUCUGGCGCCAAAGCCCAGAGUGCCCACCGGAAGGUCUCGAGGGCGGCCACGCAGUGCUGGUGUAACCAGAGCUAUGUCUUCAAGCGCCGAAGGUCAGGAAGGGUCGAGCAGCUAUCAGUCUGCCCUAGAGAGGAGGGGGAGAGGUAGACCUAGAUUGAAGCCGUACGGCCCUGCAAACAUGGGCUCGAGGAAGAGGAAGAAGGCCACGGACAACGCGUUUGAAGGCGAGGUCACCAUUGAUCAGCUCAAUCCCUCCAUAGGGUGCCCCUUGCCAGCAGAAAACAUUAGCACCAUUGAUCUGGAGCUCGACGUCAACUCGUGGAGUUUUUUAAAGCACUAAAUCUUUCUCAUUCUCUUCAACAAAGGACGAACCGAAGUCAAAAUCUGU